AUGCAACAAGAAGACCCAGAUCAAUAAUUUAGUAUAAAAGAUGCUAUAUCUUUUAAAAAAGACAAGCAUAGGGUUGAAAUUAGAAAAAAGAAUAUCUAAGCAACUUUAAAAAAUAAGAGGUUAAACAAUUUUAUCAUGAAUAUGCAACCUAAUGUUGAUAAUGGCUAACAAAAUAACUCAAUUAUGUAAGAUUUUAAUAAUUAAGAUCCCGCUUAAGAAUAAGGAAAUGAAAUCACUCUCUAGUUUUAUAUUUAGACAAUAAAUCAGGAAUGCGAUAGCAAUUAAUUUUUGAACCAAAGCGAUAAAAUAAGUAGAUGCUUAAAAAUCCUUAAUUCCCAUCUUUUGUGCACAAUAAAAACUACAGAUCUUGAGUAUUAAUAGUAAUAAUUAAUUUAAUUUAUGAGAUCAGGAGGAUGUGAAUGCAUUCUUUAGUUUUUUGCAGAAAAAUAUGAUUAAGUACCUCUACUUUAAGCAUAAUCUAUAGGAAUGAUAGGAAAUAUCUUUUCUCUAAGCAACUGUUCAAUUCUUUCCUUUUUAAUUUAAAGUGGUAUUGUUAGUUAUUUGAUAAAGCUUCUUAUUAGAGUAAGUGAGUUUAUAUUAGCAGAACAACAAUUAAAAUAAACAUUCUAAGAUGUUAAAAAUGAGCUUUUAAGUGAAAUAUUUAGAACAAUUGCAAAUAUGGCAGGUGAGAGUUAUGAGUAUAGAAUAGAAUUAUCCUAAAAUGGACUAAUUAGAUAUCUUACUAGUGAUUUAUUUGGAAAAAUAUGCAUUAAUAUUAAUAAGUCUAUUGUUGCAAAUAUUGUAUUUUUAAUUAAGAAUAUGCUAUGCUCAACACCAUCUCUUAAAGAGGAAAUUACUGAAUAAUUCAUUCCUUUAGUUUCUGCCUUUUUUUUAAGCAGUGAUUUAUCAUUAGAAUCAUUGUAAGACUGUGUACUUUCGAUAAGAAGCUAUGCAAAAUUUGGUAACACUAUUGCUAGGGCUAAGAUGCUUUCAUAAGGAGGUGUAUUUGAAAAGAUUCAUGAUCUGAUUAAUCCCAAUAUUAAUACUGACUUUUCAAUAGUGUAUUAUGCAAUGUCUACACUUAAAGAUUAUAUGAAAUAUUAAAAUAGACAAGCUGAAUAUGUUUUUAACAUCAAAGGAGAACAGAUUUUCGACUUUUUAGAAUAUUACUUGAAUGGAGAAAUUAAAAUUCAAAAUUUAAAUAAACAAGAUUAAUAAAGUGCUGUUACAGACUUAUAAAUGUAAGCCAUAGAUAUUCUUCACCUUUAUGUUCUAUGUGAUGAUCCUCUGUUUUUCUCAUUUAUAUACGAUCAAGGAAUAAAGCUAAUAUAAUUAAUUAUGAAAAUAGCAAUAUAUUCAGCAAAUAAUAAAAUAAAUUAUAAAGCAAAAGAAUUUUUAUUCACUUCUAUAUAAAGAUCUACUUAUGAGUAGUAAAAGCAACUUGUAUCUUUAAAUAUUCUUCAAGUUAUUUUAGAUGCUAUAUAAGAAGAUGAAAUAUCUUUGAUGUACAAAGGUUUAAGAUCCCUAGUAUAGCUUUUAUAAGUUGCAGAAUCCCAAAUUGGCUAAAGCCCUGAAUAUGCAUAAAUUAAUUAUGUUAAGGAUAUUAUGGAAAGAUCAUAUUAAUUUAGGUAAGUAAUUGAAUCUGUCCAAAGCCAUCCUAACAACGAUAUAUACGAAUUAGCUAACGAGAUAUUAGAAAUUUACUUUAAAAAUUGA